AUGACAUCAAAGUUUAUGACAACCUUUACAGAAUUUUACCCAACACUGAGGAGAGAACCACACCAGACACAGAGCACAGACACCACCAGAGAGUCUCAAACCAGCACUCUUACACAGAGAACCACAUCAAUUCCUUCCUUCUCCCCAAGUGUACACAAUGUGAAAGGGACUAUUUCUCAGAAGACAUUUCCUCCAGGUGAAACAACUACCUCAUCCCUCUUUAGUGUCACAAACACACCCAUGAUGAUAUCAAAGAAGAUAACAAUGACAACCUCCACAGACUCCACUCUUGGAAACACAGGGGAGACAUCAGUACCUGUUACAAGAAGUCUUAUGCCAGUCACUUCAGCAGCCCCAAUAACAGCUGAGCCAGAAGGACAAUUACCAGCAACUUCCUCAAGGACUUCUACUCAGGACACAACAGGUUUUUCUCAGAACCACCAGUCUCAGAGCACAGAGAUCACCAGCGAAGCUCAAACUGACACCCUCACACAGAUGACAUCAACUCUUCCCUCUUCCCCAAGUGUACUCAAUGUGACGGAGGCUGUUUCUCAGAAGACAUCUCCUCCAGAUGAAAUAACCACAUCAUUUUCCUCCAGUGUCACCAACACACUCAUGAUGACAUCAAAGACUAUAACAAUGACAACCUCCACAGACUCCACUCUUGGAAACACAGAAGAGACAUCAACACCAGGAACUGAAAGUUCUACCCCAGUGACCUCAGCAGUCUCAAUAACAGCUGAACUGGAAGGACAAUCACGAACAACUUCCUCAAGGACCUCUACGCAAGACACAUCAGAUUCUUUGCAGAACCACCAGACUCAGAGCAUAGAGACCACCAGAGUAUCUCAAAUCAACACCCUCACACCGGUUACAACAUCAACUGUUUUAUCCUCACCAAGUGGAUUCAACCCAAGUGGAACAGUUUCUCAGGAGACAUUCCCUUCUGGUGAAACAACCACUUCAUCCCCUUCCAGUGUCAGCAACACAUUCCUGGUGACAUCAGAGGUGUUCAGAAUGCCCACCUCCAGAGACUCUACUCUUGGAAACACAGAGGAAAUAUCACUACCUGUAAGGGGAACCAUUUCUGCAAUUACUUCUAGAGUUUCAACCAUAUGGUUGUCAGACACACUGUCAACAGCACUCUCCCCCAGUUCUUUACCUCCAAAAAUAUCCACAACUUUCCACACCCAGCAGAGUGAAGGUGCAGAGACCAUAGGACGGCCUCAUGAGAGGAGUUCAGUCUCUCCAGGUGUGUCUCAUGAGACAUUUCCUCCACAUGAAACCAUAACAUGGCCUUCCUCAUUCUCCAGUGAAGACCGCACAACUCGCUCACCAAAAGAACUGCCCUCAACACCAACAGGUGCUGCCACUAGGCUUGUCACAGGAAGUCCAAUAGUGCCAGGGACAGCUGGCACUAUUCCAAGGGUCCCCUCUGAGGUCUCAACAAUAGGGGAUUCAAGACAGCCCACCACACACCCCUCCCACAGCACAACUCUCUUGGAAACAACAGGGGCAGGUGCCCAGACACAAUGGACACAAGAAACGGGGACCACUGGAGAGGUUCCUAUCAACAGCCCAAGCUACAGUGUGACUCAGAUGAUAAAUACAACCCCAUCUUCUUCACCUAUGCUGAAUGGACACACAUCACAACAAAUUACAAUGGCACCAUCAACAAAUCAUUCAACAAUACAUUCCACAAACACCUCUCCUCAGGAAUCACUGGCUGUUUCCCAGAGAGGUCACACUCAAGCCCCGCAGACCACACAAGAAUCCCAAACCACAAGGUCCAUCUCCCCUGUGACUGACACCAAGACAGUCACCACCCUAGGCUCUUCCUUCACAGCCAGUGGGCACUCAUCCUCAGAAAUUGCUCCUCAGGACGCACCUACCAUAAGUGCAGCGACAACCUUUGCCCCAGCUCCCACUGGGGAUGGUCACACAACCCAGGCCCCAACCACAGUACUGCAGGCGGCACCUAGCAGUCCUGACUCCACCCUGGCGCCCUCAGGAGGUGCAUCACUUUCCAUAACAGGUGCUCUUCCUGGUGUAGUGUCAACACCAGGGGUCCUAGAAGGACGAUGGACAUCAGCCUCUGCCAGCACCUCACCUGACACAGCAGCAGCCAUGACCCAAACCCACCAGGCUGAAGGCACAGAGGCCUCUGGAGAAACACAGACCAGUGAACCGGCCUCCUCGGGGUCGGGCACCACCUCAGAGGGCACAGCUACCCUUUCCUCAUCCAGGGCGAGCGGCACAACACCUUCAGGAAGCGAAGGAAUAUCCAUCACAGGAGUGACCACAUGGUUCUCACCAAACCCCUCCAGGGACAGUCACACAACCCAGUCAACAACCGAAUUGCUAUCUGCCUCAGCCAGUCAUGAUGCCACCCCAGUAAGCACAGGAAUGGUGUCUGCGAUUGUCCCCAGCACCUUUCCUGUCACCCUCUCUGAGGCCUCCACUGCAGGGAGACCGACAGGACACUCAAGCCCAACUUCUCCCAGUGCCUCUCCUCAGGAGACGGCUGCCAUUUCCCAGAUGGCGCAGACUCAGAGGACAGGAACCAGCAGAGGGUCUGACACCAUCAGCCUGGUGUCCCAGGUGACCGACACUUUCUCAACAGUCACACCCACACCUCCUUCGAUCACAUCCAGUGGGCUCACAUUUCCACAAACCGAGACCCACGCUCUGUCACCUUCAGGGUCUGGUACAACCUUCAACAUGGCCCUCAUCAGCAACAGCCAUGGCACCCAGACAACAGUGCCAACCUCGUCACCUGGGACCACGGAAGGGCCACCUAAGGUCAGUUCCAGCACCCUGAGUGAUGGCGCCUCUCAUUCUCCUUCCACAGUUGUGUCCACCAGUGAGGGUGUUCUGACCACAGGCAGGAGCUCAGUCAUCCAUGAGACUGUACCCGCAGUGGUCUUUACCCCGGUACAUUCUGGUAACAAUGCCUUAACGAUUACCACGCGGGUGCCUGCAUCGUCAGUGGGCGUCUCAAGCACGCCCAGCCCUGAGCACCCGGAAGCUACAAGGGUGACCCCCACACCCAACCCCAUGAUAAGGUCCACGCACAAGAGUUCUACAAGCAAUCAUAGUGGCACAAUGAAUUCUACGCCAACCUCGUCAUUCUCCCCUACCACCUACCUGUCAAUCCAGACCACUCUGGAAGCUUCUUCAGCAUCUAAGUAUCCUAAGAACACAUUUCCCACGCCACAGCCAUCCAGAGACUCAGCUUCCUCCAGUGACGUGAACACAGCUCAGACCACACUGACUGUCUCUACUUCCAGCAGUCACUCUCCAUUCUCUCCAGCAUUCCCUGGCCCUGCUGUCACGUCGAACUCCACCACCCUACUCACAGGUCAUGCCACCCCUCUUGCCGUCAGCAGCGCAUCCUCAGCAUCCACAGUAUCCUCGGGCUCCCCUCUGAAGACGGAAACAUCAGGAAUGACGACAACGUCAGUGAAGACAGGCAGCGAGAGUGGCCGAACCGCCACCUCCACCACAGCCCCAUCCCCACCCCCGACCACCUCCCAGGCCGCCACCUCCGCCACUCCCAGCACUGCCACGCACACCCGCUCCACAGCUGCCCCCGUCCCCGUCCCGUCUGAGAAAGGAGCUUCCCUCCUCCCCUACGGGGCCGGUGCCGGGGACCUGGAGUUCGUCAGGAGGACCGUGGACUUCACCUCCCCGCUCUUCAGGCCCGCGACUGGCUUCCCCCUCGGCUCCUCGCUGCGCGAUUCCCUCUACGCUUCACAGGCUGGGACCCUGUGGCCCUGGUGGCUCCGUUCUGGGACGAUGCUGACUUCUCCACUGGUCAGGGGACCAUAUUUUAUCAGGUGAGCCUUUCAAAGCCUGGCAGUCAGGAUCCCGCAGCAGGGGAGAAAAAGAGCUGUGUGGAAGGCAUUGCCAGAGUCGCUGCUGUGACAG